GCGCAUGCUCAGCUCACACUAGCUCCGCCCACUGUGACUCUAGUGACAGUCGCAGGCAGCAGGUGAGGCGCGUGCGCGCACACUCAACAGGUCUUAGCGCGCGCGCCGCUUAGAGGCUUUGAAGGGACCCGUGGCACGAGCGUUCAGAAAACUCGGGGACUUUUUUGGACUUUCUGUCUGUUUCAGAGCUGAAGAGGGAGAGGAGGCGCGGGUUUCCAGCCCAGCGUGGGACGUUGAUGGACUGGUGGUGCUUUGAGGCUGAGGGAGCAUGGUGAAACACCAACCCUUACAGGUCUACGAGAAGCAGGUCUUUCUGUCUUUUGUCACUGGGAUCUAUGGUUGCCGCUGGAAACGCUAUCAGCGUUCCCAAGACGACAGCUCCCAGUGGGAGUGUGCAUGGUUCCUUCUGCUGUGCAGUUCCUUCCUCUUGCUCCUCUUUUGGGCCUACUUCUGGUUGGUUGCUCAAAAUGAUUUCAAUGACUUCAACUGGUUGGUGUACAAUCGUUCUGGCGAGUGGAAGGAUGAAACCAUCCCCAUCCUUACAUCCACCACCCUGGGACUCAGCUACGUCACCUUCUUACUGAUUCUAGCCCUUUUCCAUAUAUCUUUGGGACAACAACUCAAUCUGUACUGGGUUCACAAGAUUGGAGUGUUAGCAACGCUGCUCAUCACCAUCUCUGGAAUCGUCUCUGUUGAUGACAUCUGGGAAGAUGAGUUGGACAUCCUGCUUAUAUCGCUGCAGUCCACAGCACCUUUCCUGCACAUCGGAGCGCUGGUCGUGAUCACAGCUCUGAGCUGGAUGGUUGCUGCGUAUGUGGUCCGUAAGGAGAGAUCCAAUUUUCAGCUAAUGGUGCUGGUCAUCUACUUUGUGAGUCUUCUGGCUGUCUGCCUGGCCCCCAUCACAUUCACCUGCCCCUGCAUAAUGGACCGCCACACUCUCAAGGCAAGGCCAGACAUUAUUGGCCGACGUGGAGCUCCCAUGCUGGCUCCUGAGAACAGCCUCCUGUCUUUCCACAGAGCGCUGCAGCUGGGAGCCAGCACCCUGGAAGCCGACGUCACCAUCAGCAUGGAUGGAGUUCCCUUCCUAAUGAGAGACCAGACUCUGAGACGAACCACAGACGUCAGCAGAGUCUUCCCAGCCCGGCAGUUCCAGGAUGCCUCCUCCUUCAACUGGACAGAAAUCCGCUCUCUAAACGCAGGAACGUGGUUUUUGCAGAGUGACCCCUACUGGACGGUCAGAACGUUGACCACAAAGGAUCGCAGCCGGAUAGCCAACCUGACCGUCUGCAGCCUGGUGGAGAUGCUCCGUCUGUCGGCCAGGGCCAACUGCUCUGCCUGGCUCAACAUCCACAAGCCCCGCCCAGAGCACCCCCGCUCCCGGAGCUGGUUCAUGGACACGCUGCGAGUGCUGCAGAGGGCGGGGAUGUCGGCUAAGAGGGUGACAUGGACCCCCGACACAGACAGGGGGAGGGUGAGGGGGCUUCAGCAGGCCACCAAUGAGAAGCUGUCUGUGGAGGAGAUUCGACAGCGGGGAAUCACAACCGUGAGGCUCCACUACAGCAAGAUCAGCCACAAAGACAUUCAGGAGUACCUGGCCAAUAAUGUGAGCGUGAGCAUCUACCCGGUGAACGGGCCGUGGCUCUACUCCCUUCUGUGGUGCAGUGGGGUGCCUUCUGUGUCCUCCGACGCCCCCCAAGUCCUUCGAAAAGUGCCUUACCCUAUCUGGCUCAUGAGUCGCGGCGCUUACAGCUUUAUUUGGAUCUGCUCAGACCUGGUGUCUCUUGCUGUUGUUGUUGGGAUCUUCUGUUUCCAGAAGUGGAGGAUGGGGGGGAUGCAGCACUGUAACCCGGAGCAGAUCAUGCUGAGCGCUGUGGGCCGGAGACCCAGUCCAGACGUCAACAUCAUGAAGGAGAGGCUCAUCCUUUCAGAGCUGAACAGUGGUCUGGGCAGCACGGAGGAUCUCUGUCUGUGUCCUGAGAACGGUCACGUGCGAUACUCUCCAGGAGGCUUCGUUCACUGACGCCACCCAUGACGGCAGAGACGGUUUUGGUCUCUGAAAUCAUCUACCGAACAAAGCCACGUCCUCCUCGGUGGUUCUCUCUCUGCAGAGAAACAUCCCAACGGUCUGCUGUCGCACACGAGCACUCGUCUGACUUGUCUGACUCGUCUGGACUCGUCUGACUUGUCUAGACUCGUCUGUCUCGUCUGGUCUCGUUUGGACUCGUCUGUCUCGUCUGGACUCGUCUGACUCGUCUGGACUCCUCUGACUCGUCUGGACUUCUGACUCGUCUGACUCGUCGGACUCGUCUGUCUCGUCUGGACUCGUCUGGACUCGUCUGGACUCGGCUGGACUCGUCUGUCUCGUCUGGACUCGUCUGACUCGUUUGACUCGUCUGGACUCCUCUGACUCCUCUGACUCGUCUGGACUCGUCGGACUCGUCGGACUCGUCGGACUCGUCUGCCUCUGUUACAUGCAGACACACUCACAUGCUGCCUUUUUGUGAUAUGGAUGACCCUGUAGAUAUAUUUAUCUUUAGGAUAACCUGCUAGUUUUCUUUCUGUUUAAUAAAGACAACUCGUAUUCUUUCAA